AUGGCGGCGGCGUGGGAUCGGGCCAAGCGGGCUCUCGCCACCAAGCUCUGCAUCCGCGUGCCGGCGCGCCAGAACGCCCUCGAGGACGCGUCGUCCUCGCCGCCAGCCGGAUGGGAGGCGUGCCCAUCGUCACCACCGGCGGGGCAGGUGGCCGCGCGGGAUUCCGUGACGGAGGAGAAGGCGAGGUCGCCGUCCCUUUCCCUCCGCCGGCUGUCCAGCUCCGGGAGCCGGAGCUCCAACUCCAAGAGGGUAUGUGCUAUCUGCCUUGGUGGUAUGAGGACAAGCCACGGACAAGCUCUGUUUACUGCUGAAUGCUCCCACAAGUUCCAUUUUCAUUGUAUCACUUCAAACGUCAGGCAUGGCAACCAUAUCUGUCCAAUAUGCCGUGCCGAGUGGAAAGAACUUCCCUUCCAGGGAACUCAACCUGCAGACGCCACCCAUGGAAGAGCUAGAGUAAGCCCAGUAAAUUGGCCCCAGGAUGACGGACACAUGACCGUUGUCCGUAGGCUUUCUCACACAUACAGUGGAAAUCUGCAGGAGCAAUUUCCUGUCUUCCGUGCUCCUGAGGUACAUAUUUUCAAUGAUGACGAGCACAUAGAUCUUCAGCCUGGAACCAUGGACGGAAACAAUGCAGUUACUGGUUCGGUUGAAAUUAAGACAUAUUCAGAAUUCCAAGCCAUACAACAAUCAGUGACUCAGAAGGUCUUUUCUAUCUUGAUUCGUCUCAAGGCUCCGAAGUCCUUGGACUCAGUGAACUCCCGGGCACCUCUUGACCUUGUAACUGUGCUUGAUGUAAGUGGUAGCAUGAAAGGGGCAAAACUUGCACUUCUCAAAAGUGCUAUGAGCUUUGUCAUUCAAACACUUGGACCCAAUGACCGCCUGUCUGUCAUUGCUUUCUCAUCCACACCACGGAGGCUCUUCCCCCUUCGUCGAAUGACCAUAACUGGCCAAAUGCGAGCCUUGCAAGCUGUGAAUUCCCUUGUUGAUGGUGGUGGCACAAACAUUGCUGAUGGGUUAAAAAUGGGUGCUAAAGUAAUUGAGCAGCGGCGGCUGAAGAAUCCUGUUUGCAGCAUCAUUCUUCUCUCAGAUGGUCAAGACACAUAUUCACUCCCAUGCUAUGAUGGUGUUCAGCAAAAUCACAGUGUACUUGUUCCUCCUUCAAUCCUUCCUGGAACAGGUAAUCAUGUGCAGAUCCACACCUUUGGUUUCGGGGCAGAUCAUGACUCUGCUGCAAUGCAUUCUAUCGCGGAGACAUCUAGUGGCACGUUUUCAUUUAUUGAUGCUGAAGGUUCAAUCCAGAACGGAUUUGCUCAGUGUAUUGGUGGCCUCCUCAGUGUAGUGGUUAAGGAGAUGCGGUUGGGCAUUGAAUGUGUAGACGAAGGCGUCCUACUUACCUCCAUCAAGUCAGGCAGCUAUAUAAGUCAGGUAGCUGAAGAUGACCGUAAUGGGUCAGUUGAUAUUGGUGAUCUUUAUGCAGAUGAAGAGAGGGUAUUUCUGGUCACUCUACAGGUCCCAGCUGCACAAGGGCCGACUGUGCUGAUCAAACCAAGCUGCACAUACCAAGACGCAGUUACCGCAGAGAACAUCCAAGUACAUGGUGAAGAAGUCAGUGUCCAGCGUCCUGCAUAUUUUGUGGACUGCAAAAUGUGUCCUGAGGUUGAGCGUGAGUGGCACCGCGUUCAAGCCAUGGAGGACAUGUCUGCUGCGCGGGCUGCGGCUGAGGAAGGUGCCUUCUCCCAGGCUGUGUCGAUCCUCGAAGGCAGGACGAGGAUCCUGGAGUCACAGGCAGCACACUCUUCAGACAGCCAAUGUUUGGCGCUGAUCACAGAGCUGAGGGAGAUGCAGGAGAGGGUGGAGAGCCAGCGAAGGUACGACGAAUCAGGCAGGGCUUACAUGCUGGCUGGUCUGAGCUCACACUCAUGGCAGAGAGCCACCGCACGGGGCGACUCGACAGAGCUCACCACCCAGAUUCACACCUACCAGACACCAUCCAUGGUUGACAUGCUGCACCGCUCGCAGGCCCUUGUGCCCUCCGUCGUCGCGAUGCUGAACCGCUCCCCAACCGUUGCUCCUUCACGAAGCUCCAGCCAGCCGAUCAGACCAACAAAAUCCUUUUCCGAGCGGCUGCCGUGAGGUUGCCUCAUCAGAAUGAAGUUUCCCGCAAUAACUUGUGAAGCGGUUUAGGAGAUUCAGUUCAAGACUACCCAUUUAUUAAAUUUCUACAGCGUUUGUUUCCAGUUAUUUUCUUAUAUAAUAUAUAGUGGAGAUGGAUUAGGAAAACCUUGCGACUUAUAUAAUUGAACAAGUUUCUUGGUUUGAAAAAAAUACAACAUGUACAUGUGUGACGAUUGGAAGGGAAUGAUAAAUGUGAUACCUGAAUACCUGGUACUAGUGAA